UGUUCUCCUCCCUCACAAUGGCCAAGCUUUUCGUGCUCACGGCAACCUUGUUGGCAGCAGCCCACGCCCAAGUGGGUUACAAUGUGCCAGCGCCCAAUGGGCCCGGAUACUCCUACGGCGCCCCCGACCUCCAGGCGGCCGCCUCCAGCUUCGGCGCCCCUGCAGUCGAGGACCCCAUCGCCGCCCUGGCAGCCAACAUCCCCGGCGGAGGCGUCCCUGGCGAGGACUACCCCAUCCUGGCCUCCGUCCCCGACACCGGAUUCUCCUGCGAGGAACAGCAAUUCCCAGGCUACUACGCUGACACCGCCCCGGAGGCCGGCUGCCAAGUCUUCCACAUCUGCCAGUUCGACGGCCGCCAGGACGCCUUCCUGUGCCCCAACGGCACCCUCUUCAACCAGCAGUACUUCGUGUGCGACUGGUGGUUCAACGUGGACUGCGCCGCGUCCGCACAGUUCUUUAGCCUCAACGCCGACAUCGGGAAGGUCCCCGACAACGCGGCUGCCGCCUCCGACGUCUCCCUCGCCACCUCGUACGGCGCCCCUCAGGCUCAGGCCUCAGCCCAGGUCCCCGUGCAGGCUCCCAACCAGUUCUACGGCGCUCCCAAUGGCUUCUAGGGUAUUCCAGUCAUCGAUAUCUUGAUUUUUAGAGUAUAUCUUUAUUUAUAAGGUUAUUUAUAUUCGAAACUAUGCAAAUUUUCUUGCUGGAAUAAGAUUAUAAAAUAUACAACAGGAAA